AUGCAUUCACAAAAGGUGCCAUUUAACAUAGGGUUUCCACCUCUAAGGAGAGGCGGUGUAAAAAUAAAAUCUACACUCUCAAAGCCACAAGAAUGUAGUAAUAAACAUAAUAUAUCAUUUUCACAAGCGGCCAUGAAAGCCAUGCAAAUAACGUCACCAAAUACUGCUUUUCAUUUUAUUUCCACAGUCAAUCAGCAAACGAUCAAGGCCGUAAAGCAUUCCACAUCAAAUGUUCAUAUUAAUGGAAAAUCGCCGACUAAAGUUUCCGAAAACAAUAAAAAUAAUGAUCUAAAUAAUGGAUUAUCACAAGUUGCACAGAAAAACAAUUCAGUAAUUUUAUCUUCAAAUAAUCAAUCAUCGAGCGAGCGAUCGACAAAUGAAAAUUCACCCGAAAGUCAACCAAAUUCAAAUGGUGUAAUUUCACCUAAAAAAUCGUCAACAAAGCGUUGGGCCGACCUUUUCCCGAAAGUCGAAAAUUCAAAGCCUGUUACCGUUUUAAAUGAUAAUUCUAAAUCAAACACGAAGCCUCCAGAUUCUCAUAUCAAAUCACAAAAGCCACAAAAACUUGCUGUUCCGUUAACGAAUGGAAGGCCUAAAGUAGGAGGAUUAGCAGGUUUACUGAAGGAUUUCAAUCCAUCUUUCGAUGAUGUAACAAUGGGUCCGCGAGGACUCAUAAAUAAUGGUAAUAUGUGUUUUAUGAACGCGAUAUUACAAACACUCUCACAUUGUCCACCGUUCUGUAAUCUGCUCGCACUCAUUGAUAAAGAAGUCGCUCAUAAUUUCAAUAGUAAGACGCCUCUUGUCGAUUCUUUGGUGAUGUUUAUUAACGAAUACAAGCAAACUAAACGUCACGAAGGUGUCGAAGAAUUUGGAGAAGCGUUGUCCCCUGAAUAUGUAUAUGAUGCAUUAAGAGGACUCAAGCGUUUCGAUUCCAUGAAAGGACGACAGGAAGAUGCCGAAGAAUUUCUUGGGUUCCUCCUUGAUGGGCUACAUGAAGAGUUCUUAGCAGCUCUAAAAAAAGAUAACCCCCUUAUUCAACAAUUCGAUAAAACUGUUAAAGAUGAUGGUUGGAUGGAAGUUGGUCCUAAGAAUCGAACAAGUUUUACCAGGACGACCGAUAUUGAAGAAACGCCUAUUAGUCACAUAUUCGGUGGUAAAUUCAGAUCAGAAUUAAUAUGUCCUGGAAGCGCUGAUUCUAUCACGCUGCAACCAUAUCAGUCGCUGCAGCUUGAUAUACAGCCGGAUGAUGUAAAAACAAUUGGGGACGCUCUAAAAAACUUAACUGUCCCAGAAUACGUUGAUGACUUCUACUCACCCAAAAAUGGCUUAGUACGAGCUACAAAGCGCCUCUAUAUUGAGGAACUUCCACCGAUAUUAACUCUCCACUUGAAAAGGUUCGUUUAUGACAACGUUGGUGGGGCGCAAAAACUCAGUAAACAUAUUGGGUACUCGACAACAUUGUCGAUUCAGCCCGAAAUCUUUGCCCCCACACGCCGCCCUAAAAAAGCAGUAGAGUACAGACUUUUCGGAGUCGUUUACCAUCACGGGAAGUCGGCCACUGGUGGACAUUACACGGCUGAUAUACUUCGUAAAAAUAGCGAAUGGCAUCACGUAGACGAUACGGCGAUUUCGAAGAUAUCGUCAGAAGAAGUCGCUGCGGUGGAAAAUCCUACCCAACCGACUGAUCGAUCGGCAUAUAUUUUGUUUUAUAUGAAAAAUUAG